AGAAAUGUACACGGAGCAAUGGGGAUCGGAGGAUUGUGUACGUUUAAGCUACUGGGUGUCACAUCGCAUGACGACCGCGAACAACGAGUACAUCUACAUCAUCCAUGUGAUUCCUUGAGAUGAGGAGAAAAGCACUCCCAUGGCUUGAAUUGGGGUGGGUUGAGAUUCCUGUCAGUUCUCAUCAAGACCAAAGGAUUAUCUGGACCUCAGCUGCUGCUGUUUUAUGUUGGAGAUGGACACCACAGAUUUAUAUACCGGUACCUCAGAUCUUUUGAACUAUACAACAUCAAUUCCAUAUGAAGGUGCUGCCUCAGAUGCUGUCUUUGUAACUCCACAGUGGACGAUCAUCCUGGAGGCAGCCACCCUGUCCCUGAUAGCCAUUGCAGCGGGUGCCCUCAACACCAUCAUCAUCUACACCAUCCACAAGAAGACUUACCUGCAGAAUGCCAGCAACAGAUUCAUCUACAGUAUGACCUUGGCUAACGCGGUAAUGUCGUUCACCGUGUUGCCUUUCAACCUUGCAGCCUGUGUCCUCCGGGACUGGAUCUUUGGUGUGGUGAUGUGUAAUCUGAUGGGGUUCAUCUCACUGUGUACACUGACUGGGUCACUCUUCAACGUGGCUCUCAUUACACUCGACAGAUAUUAUGCCAUUGUUCAGCCGAUGAUGUAUCCUCUGAAAGUAACAUCCAACUAUACCACUCACCUUAUAGUGUGCGUUUGGAUCCUUGCACUUGUGUGCACUCUGCCACCCUCAUUUGGCUGGUCAAGGUACAGCUUCCAGAUGUCCAAAUCAGCCUGCAUGGUGGAUUGGCAUUACGAGAAAUCAUUUUCAUUAUUUUAUGCAAUAAUGACGACAGUCUUCCCUCUGUUCCUCAUAUGCUUCUGCUACGGGAAUAUCCUCAAAGUUGCGAAGAGAUCAUCGCGUCGGGUCAGCCAUGGCAAUGUGGUUGUGGAGGAAGCGAUUCAGAAGAUGACACGGAGGCGGUCAAGACGAACAUCUCUGCUGGUGAACAUCCGAAUGAAUUCUCCAACAAAAGCGUUACGGACGGUACUGGUCACAGUCGGUGCAAUAUUAAUCACUUGGUGUCCUUUCAUAAUAGAAUUGAUGUACGAGAUGGUGCAUGGCGAUGAGCUUAUAGCUGAUUGGUUAGAAGCCGGGGCCAUGUGGCUCUCCUACUGCAGCCUUAUAUUCAACCCAGUAAUCUACGCUAUCUGGAACAAGACGGUGCGGAACGAGGUCCUUGGGAUGUUCUGCGCAAGGUCACUUAAGCUGCAGUGGGCCUGGCGGGAUGAUGAUAACAUCCUUGCAAGGCGUAGGGAAUCAAGACGUCUCAGCAUUAGUGGGAGUAUCACUGAUCUAAGUUACACUUCUGCUUUGAGAAGAAAGUUCACUCUUCAAAGCACCCAGGUUACCAACACAGGACAGCAGACAUCAAGCGGCGAUUCAGUUGCAUCUGGAGUUCACCUGGCGAGUAUCAUCGAGUCUUCCACCACCACCGCACCAGACACUGGAAACAGCUCUUCCGGAAAAUCCAAGCAGGCCAAACUGAACUCUGGGGUCAAGAAGACAAGGGUUGAAAGAUUGAAGACUGAACCGACCACACAGAUCAGCACUACUGCACAGGUUCACCGACCUUCGCAGAUGAUCACCAGGUCAAUGUCGGGUCGAAGUUCAACCUCAAAGGUCAUUGCGAAUGGAGGAGGGAAAAGUGUCGGGAGUGGAAGUCGUAAGCUCAGUAUAGUUAGCUUUGAUGAGAGCACUGUGAGCUGAUGACUUUGAUAUGAAUGGUAAGUUGCCACUUGGUCUACAGAAACUAUGUCUACCCUUUCCUUUUGGUCUCAUCCCAGUUGAUCUAAUCCUAUCUUGUCUACAACACACUUAGUCUGUUUAUGAGCCAAAAUUGCAUUUGACAAAAAUUGUAGAAAAAAAAGCAAGUGUGGAAACUAGACCAUCUGGCAUGAGACUAAAUAAUUGUGAGCUCAAAUGAGUAUUAGACUAAGUAGUAAUUAGACCUAAGUAAUAGUAGACCAAACAAUGGAUUAAGUAAAAGUAUUUAUUUAUUAUCCAUAAAUGGAAAUUUGUCUUGUUUACAUGCCAUGCAAAAACAUAAUGAAGACAAAUUAUAUAAAUUCAUACACAUUUACAUUGAACACUGGCCCUGGAUCGUGGAUCCUAAGUUAAAAACCCACCUUUAUAGUAGCUUUGCCAUUAAAAGGAAAAUUACCAUGGUAACAGAGUUCAGCAGCCAAUCAAAAUCAAGACCAUCAUCCAUAGUAGUUUUCAUAGUGGCAAACUACACGUAGUAUAGGACCGUAUCAUGGUUCUCUUAUGGAUAAACAAUAAAUACAGGUAUUUAGCUUUUCUCUGUCUUGGGCUGAAUAUAUAAUACCCCUGUAAUAGAGCAUCUUGCCCUUAAUCAUUGUCGUGAGUUUUAAACAAAGUGUCAUGUGCUUGAAUUAUCGUGUACGUCCCACCUUGAGUUUCUUGAUUUUUUAGUCUUUGUAUUAAAGUGUUUUCAUUAAUUGUGUUCUGAAAUAUAUAUAAAUAUAUGCAUCCUUGAGGCAUGAGGCUAGAAUUGCAUAUAAUUACAAGUAUGAUGUAACAUGAAAAGGCUUGAAACUGACAUUCAUUCUUGCACAAUCUUAUAUAAAGAUUUUAAAGUGUACCAUGCAUGUGAGAAAAUGAAUUAAACAAUUCAUAAUUUAACCAUACUUAAGAAAGCAAUAUUUUGUAUUUUGCUCUAAGUGCAUGAGGUAAAUGUUAUCUGGUUCAUGUCUGUCUUGUUUUAUACAAAAUAAUAAUCGCCGUUGUAUUGAACCCAAUGUUUACAAAUAUUUGAAAAUUUAUGAAAUAUCCUUUACUCAAUUACUUAUUUAUAAUAAGUUUAAUCAUAUUUACAUGCUAUCUGAAAUUAUUUGUUGCUUGCAUUACAUGUACAGUAUGUGUAUGUACAUGUGUGGUUUGUCUGUCAGUCCGUGAAUUUAUAUCUGUCCAUGUGUCGAGGCUGAAUAUUUUGAUAUAUACAGGUAGUUUGUGUCUAUAUAUAGGCCAUAUCUGUUUGACAUACUGUACAUUGUCAAUAUAUGAUGUCUUCCCAUCCCUAGUUUCUGUGCUAUUUACUACAAAUGCACUGCAACGUGGGGUGUAUUUGUGUGUUUGUUAAUGACGAUGCAGAACACUUGAUUAGUUGAUUGUGUGCCACAAUUACAAGCACAAGGCUCUAGCACAACGUGUGUGUAUGUUUUUACAGUGCACAUCCAAGAUGCCUGCAUCGCAUUAACACCAAACCUGUGCAUUAUUUGUUUUAUAGAAUUGGUCAGCAGUGUUGACAGUUAAUGUAAUUUCCUAUGCAUUGCACUAAAAAGGAGGCCAACUUCUGCUUUCUAUUGCGACAUCACAAUGAUUGCCAGUAUAUGUGCCUCUGUUAGCAGUCCUUGGAAUGAACCCUCUGAGAACAUUUUUUGUUGUCUCAAGUGUUUUUUUUACCUGUUUUAUUAUCAGACAAACUAGUAAAGUUGAGAAAAUAGGAUUUAAUGCAUCCAUGUGGGAUGAGACCAAAUGUGCUUUAGAAUAAGACAGUAGCACUCUGCCAUGCCUAGAGCUGUAAAGUUUAUCUCUCUAAUUCUUGUGUGCUAUUUCUGUUUUAUAUGCAUGUAUGAGUAUCUUGUAUGAAAUUCUAGAGUUGAGUUGUAAGUUUUUUUGUAUACAUGUAAGUUGCAGUUAUUUUCGGUCCUUGUUGAUUUGAUUUUCAUGUUAACUAUACUUAAUUAUACGUAUUCAGUAAACAAUAUACAUACAUGUAUUAAAGAUAUAUGCCAAAGAACCGAAAACAGUAUUCAACUCAACAAUAAAUUCAGUAUCAAAUAUUUUUUUUUUUUUAAUUCCAUGUAGUACUUUUUUAAUACCCUCUUUUGUAUUAAAAUGAAGCUAUUUGCCAAGUUUUUUUUAUAUAAAGGGAGGACAACAGCUGCUUCAUCUUCAUGAAGAAAAGUAUUUGAUAAUUAACCUUUGAUUGGAAAUAAUACAUGCGUACUGAAAAGGGUACUCCACUAACUCCAGGCUAAAACUGGGCUGAAAUUAAUAUGAUUUGAAAAGAAAAAAAAUUAGACAAACAAAACACUGAAAAUUUUAAAUAUAAUUUGCAUUAUUCUGGUGAAACAGUUCUAGGCAUGUUUCAUGAAUAUUCAAUGAGCAAACUGAUGAUGUCAUAUCCCCACUUGUUCGUUUGUAUUUUAUUGUAAAUGAAAUAAGGUUUAUUCAAAUUGUUUGAAUAAAAUACAUAUCAUUGAAGGUAUGCACAAUAUACUUUUUAGUAACUGUUCCAACAUGCCCGAGGAAUGUUUCAAAGGUAACAAGUGUGUGUAUUACAUGUACAUGAUGUGCAUUAUUUGUUUUAUAUGAUAGUGAUGUCGAUCCUUGUUAUUUGAUAUAAAACAAUACUCUCAAAACCCUGAUCAGUCGUCAGUAGUAUCAGUCAUUAGGCGUAUUCAACCCACCUUAAUUAAAGGUAAAAGACAGUAGUUGCAGCAAACAAUAAUUUCUUGAGAAAGUCUUUUAAAUUAAGGUUAAUUGUCAAAAUAUUAUCACACUUCUAGUCUAGAUCUGGUACAAUAAAUAAUGUAAACUUAUCUAUUUGUAAAAUCAUGAAAAAUCGAUAAUUCUGUUGUUCACUAAGGCAAAAAAUCAUAUGUGGGACAGUGUAUUAAUAUUGCUUCGAAAAAUGCCCAACAUUUGAUGGAAUUCAGUGCUUAUUUUGCUCAUUUCUCAGGUAUUACGCAUUCUCUUCCAGAGAUAUUUGGCACAUAUUUUUUAUUUAUACAUACAAACACUUUGGUGGUAAUUUCAUCGGAUUCUGUUCAAACUCAUUUUGAGAUCAUUGCAACUGGUAUUUAUCUUUAGCAAAGUACCUGUUAAAUUACAAGAAAUUGUUCAGGCUAGAAAAUAAAUGACAAUUAUUUUCCGCAUUCAAACCGACCAGAAGAACAUCCCUUCGGGGUAAAUUAUCAAAGUUACUAGCAUGCAGAGUAUAGUCUGAUGAGCAGGCAAGGCGCAAGAUUCAUGAUUGCUAACUCAGCAGCCACCCAUGGCGCCCGCUCUUAACAUGCUAGGCUAAGAAAGUUCCUGUAAUUUGCUUUCCCACUGCCAAAAUACCUGCAACCUUGGAAAUAUCCCCUGAAAGUUCUAUUAAUAUUGACAAGUACGGUAGUACCUAAUAUUUAGCAGUAUUUUCUUUCAGGGAUAUUACGCGUAAUUUGCGUUCACACUGACAAAAUUACCUGGUAUUUACUGAUCGGGGUAGAUCAGGGCAAAUUUCCUGAUUAAAAAAUACCUGGAACUGACAAACAUUCAGGCGGUCUAAAAACACCUAUGAGCAUUUUUUUCCUGUUAGCCACAAUAAAUGGCAGGUCAUGUGAUAAACUUCAGCCAAUCAUCUAUUAGGAUUCAUAUCACCAUCUCUGCCAUAUAUGACAGAAUUUUUCAAUUUUUUGCUUGAUCUCAAUUUGUAUAAUAUCAAUAGCAUUUUGUAUUUAAUUCUGCUUGCUAACUGCUUUAAUUUGAAUGUUGUAUUCUUUGGAAGUAGAUAGAAUAUUCAGUUGUGUGUAGUCUGUAGAGAACAAAUAGAAAUAACAUUGAUACUUGAUAGUUGUCCUGUUCCAAUCAAUUUGUAAAGAAUUCUGUUUUUUAUUACUCUUA